AUGAGUGCAUCCAGAGAGAGCAGCGAGUUUGUCGACCCAGCACCCCGGCCGCCUCGCGCUGAUCGGUCGGCCGAAGCCUCCACAUCUCGAGUCACACUCACCGACUCGGCUACCACCAUGGACAGGCCACGCAUAGAGCUGCUGAAUGGCAAUGACGACGACGGCGCUGAUGCAUCAGCAAGUACAACUCAAGCGCAAAUCAACGGCGACGCAUCGGCCAACGAUGGUCGGAAGCCAGCGUCUGGCAAAAGUACUCCCUCGCGCAAUGCUUCACCAUCCAGCGCCAAGAUCUUCCGCAAGAGCACCGAUCCCAGUGUGCCGCUCCGAAUCUAUCUUACCACCGAGCUGCCACACACAAUGAUGCGGAAGCUCACCAUCGACAUUCGCUCUCAUGGUGGCGCCGUAGCAACCGCCUUCGCCAAAUCCGACUUGAUCGUCGUCGACCCAGCACAUGUCACUUCCAAGAAACACCUUCGAGAUGCUAGUCAGAUGGGUGAACCUAUUCCCGUCGUUGGCAUGGACUACAUCCGCGACAGCGUCUCACAAGGGCUACAACUCAACAUCGACGACCCAAAGUAUAGGUUCACCGGUAAAGACCUGCACGUCGCAGCAGGCACGGCUCGCUCCAAGAACGGUCGCAACGCUUUCACCGAGAGCGACCGCCAAGCCAUCAUCGACUACUUCAUCGACAAGCCCCAAGAGACGUGGAGCUUGAACACGGCUGCACGUCAGCUAGCAGCGCAGAUUCCGACGCACAGCCAUGCCAGCUUUCAAUCCUAUCUUCAGGCCAAUUUCGAGACCGGCUGGAAUCUCAAGGAAAAGAUCCUCGCUGCACGUCGCGCUGCCAUCGAGGCAGAGCCCUCCGAGCUUCAGGCACGCAUCUUCCGAUCCCAGUACACAGCCUCGCCUAGCCUCGCCGAACAGUCUGCUCCCUCAGACGGCUGGCCUCGCGUCUCGCCACCAGCCGACGCGGAGAACGAAGAAGCCGAUGUGUCUGUGCCCGAGGCUCCUGCGUCCAGGUCUGCGGUCGAGGCAUCCAGUCAGGCCGAGGACGACGAAGAAGAGCUUCAAGUCCGACACCCAGAGCCCGGCUCAGCACUCGACAACGUAGAGCGAAGCCCCACCAAAGUCAAGCAGACAGUCGAGUAUCCCUCGUCGGAGCAAUCUUCGCUCGGCACGAGCCCGCCGCCAUCACUGCCUCCAGGGCAAAGAUUGCCAGGCACGCAGGCGUACCGAUCUACUCCUCCAGUAGACGAAGAAUCCGAUCCGGAGCACUUCUCUCCUCGCAUCUUGAGCGAGCUGCAACGCGAAGAAGCAUCCCGACAGCAGCCAUCGCAGAACGGCAAGCAGAAAGGUCGCCGCAGAAGGCACUCGAGCGAGUCUUCCGACGACUCCGACUUGGACCAGCCCGAAGCGGACAACGACGAGGACCUCCUCGCCACAGGCUCUGCGCCAAAUCAAGCCGCUCAACAGAAGGAAGUCGCAGCAGAGAACUUUGAUGAGGCAGAGUGGAACGGCUCAAGACGCCACGACCUCAAGGCCGCUCGACAAAAAGUGCUAGAAGAGAUGGGCCAAAAUGAGACGCCCAUCGAGUACAGGCGGAUCAGGUUCACAGCCAAUGAAAAGGAAGCGCUUCCCCAGAAGCUCUUCGAGCACGUCCUGGCGCAAGAUCCACAAUUACCAUCCUCGACGGUGGACUUUCUAUUGGCAAAGCCAGACGAUGCCUUUUGGAAUCGUCUUGCUGCUGAACAUCCAACUCAUUCAGCGGCCUCAUGGCGCAGCCACUACCUGAAGAACAGACAGAUCUACAUCGACGCCAUCGCGGUUCACAUUCGAGAACACACUAAAGGCGAUCACGAAAGCGAAGAGGAAAGCCAGGAAGAAGGCAACGGCAGUAGCUCGGACCGAGAAGAUGCCCAGCCCCACAGUGCCCAACAAGAUGAGCGGCUGCAAACGUCUGACCAGGCAGGUCCGUCGACCCUGGCCGCAGGGGCAGCAGACACGCAUUCCCAGCAGCGUGUGGUGACGUAUGACGGCUCGCACAUUUCGGAUGAUAUCAGCAUCCCUGCGGACGGUAUCGUCGUCAUGAUCCCAUUGGCUCCAAGUCAGCGAGCAUCACGAACGCCCAAGACACCGGUACAGGCAGCUGACGCGGAAGAAGACGAGGAGGCUGUGGUGGGCGAAGAGGACGCGGCGGUGCGGGAAGCGGAGAACGAUGUGCAGGAAGCGGUGCAGGAUCAGGUGCAAGAAGAGCAGGAGGGGAUGGAGGACGAUGAGGACGAAUGGCCAGAGGUACCACCACCGCCUCCCAUCGAAGACGAAGAAGACGAUGCGAUGCAGGUCGAAGCCGAGACAGAUGCCAUUCCGACCAGUCCGGCACUCGGAGGUGAGGAUCAGGAGGAGGAUGCUUUCGAGCCGAUCGAGUCUGAAGUCGACGUAUCGAGUGCAGACGACGAAAGUGAUGCCUCGGCUGCAUCGGAGGAACCUGCAGACGGAGAACGCGACCGUUCGCUCUCGAAAGCAGCGUCACCAGAGAUAGCAACUCCGACACGCCCUGCACAGACCCGCACAGCCGAGGCGGUCGAGGCUGGAACACCUGUGCUUGCUCAACACCGCGCUGCAACCUUCUACGACUUCACGAUGGACAGUGACGAAGAAGACCGCAUUCGCAAGGCACGCUCCCGUCCUUCGCUGCCGAACCCGGUGUCUCAUCAGCGCGAUCCCUCGCCUCGACUUCGAAGGUCACCCAUCACCAGUCAGCGAGUCACCAGUCACUUUGCCACGCCUCGAAGGAGCCCAGGCGUGGCGGCAGCUCGUCGUGUUCAACUUUCGAUCCGGCAACAAGAGGACGAUCGAGCUCAACGCACCAGAGAAUGGGCACGAAGCGUCUCUGCAGAGUCAUCGUCCGCCUCGCCUGAACGCGUUGCUGAGGCAGAGCCGGUUGCAGUGACCGAAUCGACGCGCUCUCGCGCCAGUCGCAUCGAUCAUGCACCUAUGCUUGGAGCCGCUCGCACAGCUGAGCUGACACCGACACGUCGGCCAGACCGACCGCAGCAAACGUCAAUGCUUUCAGCAGGACGCAGUCCAGCCGCGCUCGCCUCCGAAAGCCCUCGGUCAGUGGCGCUUCGAACAGACCAAGUGGCGCGAAGGGUACCCCGACCUGGUAUCGACGCCGCACGCCAGCAGUAUCGUGCAGAGGUUGACCGCUUCCGUAACGACUUUGGCCUGGACAAGGCUCAGCUGCGCAAUCUGCUCAUGCGCUUCAAUGCAAGUGUCAAGGAUGCUCGCAGCUAUAUCGGUGAUUGGCUCGGGGAGAUGGAGGAGGCGUACGGCGUGGACGCAGCGGUCGCUUCCGAAUACGUCAAGACGUCGCAGGGCGACUUCCAACAGGCCGAGACCUUCUUGAGGCUGGCAGCGGUCAUUCGCUCGAGCAACACUCCAGAUCGUUCUCGCAGCAGCCUAACUAGAAGUCCGUCGAAGCGUCAAGCUCGGGACGAUGAUCGCAGCUUUGAUCGCUUCGACCGUGACGGUGCUCGAGCGGGGUCUGCCAAGCGCUCCCGCCGAUGA